CUGCAUCAAGUGUAAGUGUGAUUAAUGUGUGGAGGACAACGAAGACUGAUCAGAUCAGAACUUCGAAGUGUCGGGGAGCAGCAAGUAGACAGUGGGCAUUCAGCUUGAAUGUUUUAAGUGGUUUUUCUCUCAUUUUAACUAUUAAGACGGAAAAUAUACAAUAUGUUAGCAGCCUGUAGAUCGUUCAUCCAAAUAUGCGGACGCCGCAAUAUUGCUUCUCUUUCAGCAUUAUCAGAAACGCAUCAGAUGUUACAAAAAACAUGCAGAGACUUUGCCGAAGGAGAGUUGAAGCCAAUAGCUGCCAAGAUAGAUCGAGAGCAUCUUUUCCCCAAAGAACAAAUCAAGAAAAUGGGUGAACUAGGAUUACUUGCUGUGACAGUACCUGAAUCAUUGGGUGGAACAGGACUGGAUUACCUUGCCUAUGCAAUUGCAAUGGAAGAAAUUUCCAGAGGCUGUGCUAGCACUGGUGUCAUAAUGAGCGUAAAUAAUUCUUUGUAUUUAGGCCCCAUUGAUAAAUUUGGCAAUGAGAAACAAAAAGAAAAAUACAUACGCCCAUUCACAAGUGGAGACAAAAUUGGUUGUUUUGCUCUCAGUGAACCAGGUAAUGGAUCUGAUGCUGGUGCUGCAUCAACAAUGGCUAAGAAUGAUGGAGACAAAUACAUAUUGAAUGGUACAAAAUGUUGGAUUACAAAUGGAUAUGAAGCUAAUGGUAUUGUAGUAUUUGCAACCACUGAUAAAUCAAAAAAGCACAAGGGAAUAAGUGCAUUUAUAGUUGAUAAGCCAACAAGUGGUUUGUCUUUGGGUAAGAAAGAGGAUAAAUUAGGCAUAAGAGGUAGCAGCACUUGCUCUUUAAUAUUUGAAGAUUGUCCUGUACCAAGUGAAAAUCUUCUAGGAGAACCAGGAAUGGGUUUUAAAAUAGCUAUGAUGAUGUUAGAUGCAGGUAGAAUUGGCAUUGCUUCUCAAGCUCUAGGUAUUGCACAAGCAUCACUUGAUUGUGCCAUGGAAUAUGCUAAUAAAAGAACUGCUUUUGGUAAUGCAAUUAUAAAAUUACAAGCUAUUCAAAUUAAAUUGGCAGAAAUGGCCAUGAGGCUAGAAAGCUCUAGAUUAUUGACUUGGAGAGCAGCAUAUUUGAAAGAUCAAGGAAAACCAUAUACUAAGGAAGCUGCAAUGGCAAAACUUUCAGCUUCCGAAGCUGCAACAUUUUGCGCACAUCAAUGCAUUCAAAUUCUAGGAGGAAUGGGAUAUGUGUCAGAUAUGCCUGCUGAGCGUCAUUACAGAGAUGCUAGAAUUACUGAAAUUUAUGAAGGAACAUCUGAGAUUCAAAGACUGGUUAUUGCUGUCAAUCUCAUUAAAGAAUACAGCAUGUAAAUAAUUGGAAUAGUUAUUUUUAUAAUUUAUUCGAUCAAAGCUGUUGCAAUAUUUUCUAAUAUUUUGCCAAAACAAAGCCUGGCAGUAGAAUUUAGAUUAAAUGAUGAAUUCAGAGGAUGCACAUAUUUUGGUGCAAAGUGAUAAAAAAUAUUUUUUACAUUGUUUUAAUGGAUUUUAUAUGUAACUAAAAGGAAUUUUUUCUAUACAAAGGAAUCAAUAAAUUUUAUAC